AACCUACAGAAGGGACAGGGACGCCAGACGCAGCUUGCGCACCGCAGUAGGUAGGAUGCAGAUACGAGGGGAACAUGACGGUGGUGGAAGAUGAAUGGGAGACACUAUUAAAAUCUGCUCGUGUUAGCUACACCUCUGACGGAACUGUUAUAAUGGAUGGAAAAGAGAUUGCAGGGGCAUUUUUGUAACGUGGAAGUGCUGUGGGCGCCAAAGAAUUCUCGGCGAGUCUGCUUGCCAACGCGGAGGACCUUCUGGCCGGGCGCAAGACGCAUAUUCAUGCAAAUUUCAUAGGCGUGCCUUCGGGCGAUGGGGUCACAGGCGGACCUCCAACGAGCCUGAUAUACACACCCGUUCGAUACAAAUGAUCAUCAGAAGUCAGCGUCACUCGCUGUGUUGAAAAGGCUGGUGGAUUUUGCGCACAGAGACCGAAAGGAGCGUCGGAGAAGUGAAAAAGUGUAGCAGGGGAGAGGUUCUACUCUGGACUCAGGUUCUGCCAACACCUUAAAGUUGCGGCUCUUCGUACGGAAUCCGCAGUCCACCAGCAAGUUCAGUAAUUCAACGAAAUUACCAUCGAUGACAUUCCUUUUUGUGCGCUCUGCUCAGCCAAGGACCUACAACGCAAUACAUCUAACCGACAUCUGUUAACGCACUACAACUAAAGAAUAUCCCUGCGUACAACGAACCAGAUUCUGCCCCAGUAUACCUCGCUUUUACUUUUGUUUUAAUAAUCAAGCGUUUUACAAUGGCCGAUGACGAUAUUAGUUCAGAGUGCAGCGAUGCCAGUACCAGUAGUUGCAGCAAUGUCAGCGUCCUGAGCUGGGAGCAAGUGCAGCGGUUGGACAGCAUCUUAACGGAGACCAUACCCAUCCACGGCCGGGGAAACUUCCCCACGCUGCAGAUGAAGCCUCGACAAAUUGUCAAGGUGGUUCGCAGUCGCAUGGAAGAACGAAUGAUAAAUGUGAGAGACGUACGACUAAACGGCUCGGCUGCAAGCCAUGUUCUGCACGAAGACAGCGGGCUCGGUUACAAGGACUUGGAUCUGAUAUUCUGCGCUGACCUGAAAGGCGAGGCGGAAUUUCAAAUAGUCAAGGAAAUAGUUUUGGACUGUCUUCUCGAUUUCUUACCUGAUGGAGUAAACAAAGAGAAAAUUACACCGCUUACCUUAAAGGAAGCCUACGUGCAGAAGAUGGUGAAAGUGUGCAAUGACUCGGACAGGUGGAGUCUGAUCUCGCUGUCAAACAACCGCGGCAAAAACGUGGAGCUGAAGUUCGUGGACUCCCUGAGGCGGCAGUUCGAGUUCAGCGUGGACUCCUUUCAAAUCAAGCUGGAUUCGCUGCUGCUGUUCUACGAGUGCUCCGAGAACCCAAUGACCCAGACCUUUCACCCCACCAUCAUCGGCGAGAGCGUGUUCGGCGACUUCAGCGCGGCGUUGGACCACCUGCGGCACCAGGUGAUCUGCACGCGCAACCCCGAAGAGAUCCGUGGCGGCGGGCUGCUGAAGUACUGCCACCUGCUGGUGCGCGGCUUCCGCGCCGCGUCGGAGUCCGAGAUGAAGUCCCUGCAGCGCUACAUGUGCUCGCGCUUCUUCAUUGACUUCUCGGACAUCGGCGAGCAGCAGCGCAAGCUGGAGUCCUACCUGCAGAACCACUUCGUGGGCCUGGAGGACCGGAAGUACGACUACCUGAUGACCCUGUACGGGGUGGUCAACGAGAGCACGGUGUGCCUAAUGGGGCACGAGAGGCGGCAGACUCUGGGGCUCAUAGCCAUGCUGGCCGUGCGCGUGCUGGCCGAGCAGAAUGUCAUCCCCAACGUGGCCAACGUCACCUGCUAUUACCAGCCGGCCCCAUACGUGGCCGAUGCCAACUUCAACAAUUACUACAUUGCCCAGGUACAACCAGUGUUCCCUUGCCAGCAACACGCCUAUUCGACCUGGCUGCCCUGUAACUGAAGUGAUGAGAGGCUGAGUGAGGGGAAGGAUUAUAAAAAUAACUUACAGUAAGAGAGAGAGGGGGGAGAAAAGCUUUUGUUCAGACAAGAGCUCAGGGAUUGGCCUCAAAUGUGGCCUGUGUUUUGUUUUGAGGUGAAAUGAGCCGGAGAAGGAGAAAAAGAGGGGAGGAGAGGCGCUAUGUGUCUGUCUUUGUGUCGGUCUGACAUCCAGCCCUGUGCUUUCUGUGUUGCAUCACAGUUUAAAUGUGACGGUUUGGGACAGUUUGGUCGCCGGCGAGCUCGUGUGAGGUCUGCCCACCUCACAUCGACGUUGCCUCACUUCCCCUCCUCAAACCUCUGGCGUGCAUGGUGCUUUUACAUGGGUGAGACUGUUGCUACAGCAACCGCUUACUUCUAACAGACCCUGGGGGUGGCCCUAUGGUGGUUACCCGUCUCUCUCUUUCUCUCUCUCUCUCUCUCUCUCUCUCUCUCUCUCUCUCUCUCUCUCUCUCUCUCUCUCUCCUGACCUGCAGCAAGGUCUGGGUAGUCCUCUUGUCUAGAGGUCAAGUUUUUGGGUUUUUUUAACAAAGAAGCCUAGCAGCUGUGUUUCACAAUCGCCACUGUAGAGCUCGACCAGCCACAGAGCCAAUGGGUCUCUUUCCCGCAAUGAAAUAGGCUUUUUUUUUGGUUCUGCUUCUCUUCUGCAAAAAGGUGAGGCAAGGCUUACCAACUGAAAAAGGGAAAGCUUCUCUUGUAGGUUUCUGUUUUUAA